GACGCGUGGCUGGUGACGGCGCUGCAGAGCUCCUCGCGCUGCGCGUCAGAGAGCGAGGCCGGCGCUAUGAAGCGGAGCGCGCGCCCCGCAGGGGAUGGGCAGAAGGCUGAGACCAAAGAGGAAUUUGUUAAAGUCAGAAAGAGAGAUUUGGAGAGACUGACAACUGAAGUGAUGCAGUUACGAGACUUCCUACCUAGAAUACUGAAUGGAGAUAUCUUGGAGAGCUUCCAGAAACUGGAUGUUAUUGAAACAAACAUGGAGAAAAGAGAGCAAGAACUAGAGCAGAUAAGAAUGGAUUGUGAACACUUCAAAGCUCGUCUGGAAACAGCCCAAGCAGAUUGCAUGAGGGAGAAAAAGGAGAAACUAGCCCUUCGACAGCAGCUGAAUGAGGCAAGACAACAACUACUGCAGCAGGCAGAAUAUUGUACAGAAAUGGGAGCUGCAGUCUGUACUUUGUUAUGGGGUGUCUCUAGCAAUGAGGAAGCAGUUAAAAACAUUCUAGGAGGGAGCAAAGCAGUAAAGUUUUUCACAAUCACGGGACAAACUAUGGAGAGCUUUGUGAGGUCAUUAGGUGAAGACAUCAAACACCAAGAUCUGGAUUCUGAUGAAAAUCAGUUUGUAUUAGCUUUGGCAGGGAUUGUGACAAAUGUUGCUGCAUUGGCAUGUGGCCGUGAAUUCCUGGUUAAUUCAAGUCGGGUGUUGUUGGACACAAUGAUGCAGCUUCUGAGAGACAUCAAGCCAGGACUCUGUACCAAACUGAAAGUGCUAAUGCUGAUGUCACUGUUCAAUGUGAGCAUCAACUUGAAAGGCUUGAAGUACAUUAGUGAAAGUCCAGGUUUUAUUCCAUUACUUUGGUGGCUAUUGAACGACCCAGAUACAGAAGUGUGUCUGCAUGUUCUCCGGCUUCUCCAGUCUGUGAUUCUAGAACCAGAAGUUAUAGCAAAAUUAGCACCUGAGAUGCGUGACACCUUGCCAUUUCAACGUAUCAUAGCACUGUCAAAGAGCCGCAACGCAGAGCUGCAAACACUGGCGCAAGAACUGCUUGAAGACCUCAAAAUCCUAGAGUGUGAAGUAUAGAGACAUAGUCGCUGAAGUAUUACAACCUCAAAUGUUUAUGUUUUCUCCAUAUUUUUAUGCUGCUAGGGUAUGCAAAAUAUUUUAGCAGAUUAAAAAUAUACAUAUUGAGUAAUUAGUAGAGGUGGACUUGGAUUGAAUCAUUUCUAUAUAUCUAGUUACCUGUAUCAGAAUCCCUACCGCUAGCCAGAUAACCCAAUCCAAAUAAUACUUGGGAAAAAAACAUAUGUUGUUCGUUAGGUGCCUGAACAUAAUCCUAGAAGAGCUCCCAGAAGAAUGACAGGUUUAAUUUAUUUCAUAGGAUUUUGUUGAUAACGUGUUUCAAAAGUGAUCCAAACCAUAUGACCUACUGGUGAUACAUAGGGAAUAAAAUAAUUAUCUGAACUAUAGGUAGCACAUUCUUUAUUUUCAAGGAUAGCCAACCUUUUUGGUCCAGUUCAGUCCAUCUCUAAUAAUUAGUGUGCUAAAAGUCAACUUUGAUGCUUUUUAUAACUCUAGUGUUUCAGAAGACAUAAGAAAUUUCAUUUUUAUUGUUACUGUUUCUUUUCUCUAUCCUUUCUAAUCAAAGACAAUUGGAAUUGUGUGGAGUGUAUUAGAUUCUGCUUUAGAAUUUUUCAUUCAAAUUCAGUAGAGCUGCUGGAGAACUGAGUUUGCAGCUGCCAUGAAUAAUAGCAACUGAGCUUCCCAUAGGCCCUGCAGAAGGGAAAAGAUUGCUGUGGUCUCAGUAUACCUAGUUCCGUAGCCAAAGAGGCUAAAAUUAAUUACUGCUGUGUUGUGAACACUGUUGUAUUUAUUUGACAUUCUCAUUAUUUAUUAGAGCUAAGCUUGCUUACCUCAAUUUAAAAAAACCCAAACCAGCUAUAUUAUAUACUUUGCAAUGCUAUAAUUUAUGUGUAUCAAUAACACUGUCAUUUCCUGUUUUCUUGUGUUUGUAACAUAGCUUGCAAUGUGACAAUGUUGGAAACAGUGACAGAUAAGAUAUAUACUUUUACAGAAACAACAACUUCCUCUUACCCACUGGUGUUAUGGUUCUUCACCGAUGAAGCCGACACAUUAACAAAAAUGCAGCAUUGGUGUUUUCUACAUCAUCUGUGCAGAAGACUGAGAACACAAUCUUCUGAAAUCAAUUUUAGACAAUUUUGUUGAUGUGUCUUGCAUCUGCACCAUGCUACAGCAUUUUUUUAUUCUUCAGGUAGUAGCACAAGACAAAAAACAAUGUAAAGCGUAAAAGUUCCAUCCCUGUUCAGCAAAGCAGUUAACACAGGCUUAACUUGAUUUGGGAUUUAACCACAGGCUUAAAGUUAAGCACACAUUUUAAGUGAUUUGCUGAAGUGGGUCUCCAGUGCCACUGAACUCAUUGAUGACACAGCGCAGCAUAAUUGGUUACAUUAAAUCAAGUGCAAGUCAAAUCAGAUACAUAAAAAGAAUCCUGUAGCUACUUCUUUGUAAUAUAUAUACAAACUUGUUCUGUUUAGGGUGGAGUCCUUAGAAUAAAUGCAUUUUGUCCCUUAAUUAGCUGUUAUGGCUAAUAGGUCAUUUUAUAGCUGAGGAACUAUAAAAUGCAUUAGAUAAAGACAUAGUUGCACAAUAUUACAAAUAGUCAAUGUUAGAAAAUUUAGUAGAAAUGGAUGUAAAGCUCCUCGUUGCAGUAAUUUGCCAACAUACUAAAAAAAUCAGUGGAUCCUAAUUAGCACUGAAUUAACAAAAUACAAUAUAUAAGCUUCCCAGAAUGCAUGCCAUAAAUCAAAGGGUUAUCGCAAAAUAUGAGACUGAUAUCACAAAUGAGGUUAGAUAGGGGUGAGUGUAAGAAAGAGAUGCCAAGAGCACUUAGCAGGAGUUAUAUGAUUUCUGAUCCAAGAAUAUACAAUACUAACUAUGUGUAGAUGUUGAUCAGAGUAAAAUCUCACACGUUAUUAAAAUACAUUUUAUUUGGAUUUGUUUUCUUAUCUUGACCAGACACCAUCCCAUGAUAAAGUCAAAAUGGUGAUAGUCUAGGAAAUUAGAGACUAUCGACUCAAGAAAGUAUUUAAUUUUAAAGUAUAGUAAAAGGCAAAAAACAAAGUCUAAUCACAUACUUUUCAGCUGAGCGGUGUUCUCCCAUUAAUGUUUUUACUCUAACCAUUGGAAGCCGGUAAGCAGCAGAAAAAAAACAUGUGAGUGUGUGUGUGUGUAUGUAGGUACACUCAGCACUUCCAUCCACAUUGGAGGCUUUGGUAAAAACCUUACAACUUUAUCUUGUCUUUAUCUUACACUUUUAUCAUACCUAGUGUUACUAAAGCUGGGGGCUCACCAUUUGAAGCACUAUGUCAGUUACAUCUGCUCUGAAUUGAAUAUUUUUGUAGUGAAUAGUCUUCAUUUAGUGCCUUGAUUUAUCUCCAUGUGACCACUACUGGAAAUUAAUCAGUUAAUAUGAUAGUAUCAGUACAUCUCCCAACUUGCUUUCUCCAAGAUUUAACUUGCUGGGGCUAUGGGCCCCCAUAGUCACACGUAAUGCUAUGGAUCCACCAACUUUGAGGAAAUGCCUAUUUAGUUUUAAAAGUUUAAUUAUGCUAUUUUAAUAAAUAAGUAAAAGUAUAGCUGGCUCUGAAAAACUCACUGCAUCUUCUGAAACACUUGAAUUAUGAAAAACUCCAGAAACAAACAGGAAUAAAACAAAUAAUGUUUUAAGAUCACUA